GCGGUGACGUCAGGGCGCUGGUUGCCGGGUGAUGACGCAGGGUCCCGCCCCCCCUCGCUCCAGUCGCGGGAGGAGAGGCAGAGCCGGAGGAUGGUGCUCAUCAAGGAAUUUCGGAUAAUCCUGCCAAUCUCCGUGGACGAGUACCAGGUGGGACAAUUGUACUCUGUGGCAGAGGCAAGUAAGAAUGAGACUGGUGGGGGAGAAGGUGUUGAAGUGUUAAAGAAUGAACCGUACGAGAAAGAUGGUGAGAAGGGACAAUACACACACAAGAUCUACCACCUCCAGCGCAAGGUGCCCAGGUUUGUGCAGAUGUUGGCUCCUGAGGGAGCUCUGAACGUGCAUGAGAAGGCUUGGAAUGCAUACCCAUACUGCAGAACCGUCAUUACGAACGAGUAUAUGAAGGAUGACUUCCUGAUCAAAAUCGAAACUUGGCACAAGCCUGACAUGGGGAACGUAGAGAAUGUACACAGUCUGGAACCCAACACAUGGAAAAAUGUUGAAGUUGUUCACAUAGACAUUGCCGACCGGAGCCAGAUCCACUCACGGGAUUACAAAGCAGAGGAAGAUCCCGCAGUAUACAAAUCCAUCAAGACAGGUCGUGGAAAGCUUGGCCCUAAUUGGAAGAAAGAACUGGCAAAGAGAAGAGACUGGCCACACAUGUGUGCUUACAAACUCGUGACCGUGAAGUUUAAAUGGUGGGGCCUUCAGAGCAAAGUGGAGAGCUUCAUCCAGAAGCAAGAAAAACGCCUAUUCACAGUCUUCCACCGGCAGUUGUUCUGUUGGAUGGACAAGUGGAUCGGACUUACUAUGGACGACAUUCGACGUAUGGAGGAGGAGACCAAGAAGGAGCUGGAUGAGAUGAUAUUGAAUGGCCCAGUGAGGGGACUGACAGCUACUGAUGACUAGCCCCAGUUUCCUGUUUAUGAUUCUCUUGAUGUCUGCGUCCAAGGCUCCAACACCCCAGCCAGUGAGAUGCCUCUGCUCAGCGAAUAAACCAUCCCCAUCACCUCAUUUAUAGGAUGAUUUCUAACAAAUCUUCAGAUGUUUCUAGAAGAAAUUGAUUGUGAGCGGACAAAGAAAUUUAAAGGACAAGGCACUAAAUUUUAUCCCAUACAGAAUAUAUUGCGUGUUCAGAUUUGCUGUGUGCUGUUAAUGAUAAUACUGUGUCUCUGGACCAAAACCUGGUUGAGGUUUCUAGAUGAUGACCAAUCUGAUCUAUCCCAGCGAGUGGCCAUGAUGUGCUGUUCUCAGUUAUUUCCUCAUUUUCAUUCCUGUAUCGGUAACCUACUAACUGUUGUUAAUUUAUUAGUGUAUCAUUAAGUUAUUUGGUUAUCUUAAGUGCAAUAAAGUGCCCCUGUGCUCCCCCCUCCGGAGUGUGCCUGCACUCCCGUGUUCUCCAGACCCACAGAAAUAUUACCGAUGAAAGAAAGUGUAGGGGGUGGUGGAUGGGAACAAGGAGUGGCAGGGCAAGAGUGGGGGAGUUAAAAGAGAGGCUAUCAGAACCUGUGCUCUACCCCUUCACUCAGCAGGGAGAGGCCAGAACAGCUUUGGGCAGUGUGGGGCCAGGUCUGGUGAUGUCAAUAUUGGGGAGAGAGCUUAAAAGUGAUCCUGGGCUGUCUGUCAUUGUAACCAAGGUUUUAACGCCAUUCAGAUCCCCCUCCUCUGUAAUGAUAAACAGGCGUGUCACAGGAAGUGUUUGCCUAUUAUUAACGGGCUUUAAUCGUGCUGCUCGUAUCUGGAUGUGUUCAGUUACCCAGUCCCAGGGUCUUAUCUCAGGGCUGAGAUUCAGUAAUGUGUUGCCCCCUGUAGACGAUAACCCCGCCCCAUCCCCCCACCCCCACUACCAUCACCACCUUCCUGGUUGACUUCACCUGUGCUGUGUGUUUAUUUCAUGAAAUCUCUGUCACAUUCUCCACCUUUCUCUUCAUCAAAACCUUCCACUCUCAUAUUGUGACCUUGUUUUGGUUGUUUUCAUUUAUCGAAGAAAGUGUCACUUAUUUUUUUAAUUGUUUCACUCAUGCAAUAAUAAAACAAAGUCCAAUA